AUGUUCACAGGCCGAGCUGAGCUUUUAGACAAAGGAGAAACAACUACAGAGCAUACCAAGAACCAAAGGGACGAGGCAGAAAGGCUAGACCAGGACAAGGCCAAUAAUCAUCCAACCGAAGGAGGUCUGUUCGGGGGUCUGUUCAAGCCCAAACCUCCCCCACUCAAACCUGUCAUUGAUAAUGAUGACGGAGUGGUUCGAUGUCCGCUCUGCUCGUGGGAAUUGGAAGGAGACAAUUGCGCAGGAUGCGGCUAUCGAUACCGGCCGGGCUCCGAGGACACAGACGACAGUGACUCAGCCGACUUCAGUGAGACCGACCUAGACUCGCUGGAUGAUAGUAUUGACGAGGAAGAGGAAGAGGAGGGAGGCGAGCGAGGGGAAUCUGAUCACUUCGACGACAUCGAAGACCAUGAUGGUGUUUGGGGCAACUUUGCGCUUCACUACUACGGGCACACCUUUCCUGCACGCUCUAACUGGCCCUCUGGUGCUGGCCGGCAGCUUUUCGACCGCCUUGAAAACUUGAUGGAUGGACCUGGCAUGAUCCCACUGGCGGCCCCGGCCUCAGUGGACCGUGGCAACUACUUCGCUUCGGGUAACACCAAUGGGAGUGAAUAUGACGAAGAAGAGGACGAGGAAGAUGACGAGGAGAAUGAGUAUGAUGAGUCAGACUCAUUCAUCGAUGCUGAAAACGACCACCCGCCCACGAGUUCCUUUAUUGAAAGUGAUGUCCAUCAUCUCGGGAGUGGCGAUAUGUAUGAAUCGGAAUCAGAUCGUUCCACCGGUACCGUUGUGGAUGAUGUUGAGAGUAGCCGCCGUCCCAUGCCGACUGGGCUCAAUUACAGAAACACCACACCUUACUUUGAUGACGAGGCUUCUGAUGAAGAGGAGGAAGAGGAAGUCUCGGGGGAAUCGGACGAUAGAGACAUGGUUGAGGAAGAUUCAGAUGAAUCUGACGAAGACGCAAUUCGGACUGCACCGCCUCGUCAAGCUCGUCUACAACAUCCACAACAGUCCCCCUGGUUCCAUUCCCCCAGCAAUGCUCCGUGGCUUGCUGCAAGGCCUCCAGCCGAAGUUAUCACCGACUCAUCUGAGGAAGAGGAAUCUUCGCCGCCUGUCAGGCCUGCUAGAUCUACUGCGCGCCGUUCUAUUCACAACGGGACCUCUGCUCACAAUGCGAUCACCCUCGAUGAUUCCGAUGAAGAUCAACCUGUCGGUCCAGUGAGAAGAACUACACAGAGGCGGCGUGCCAGGUUCUCCCCAUAUUAA